AUGGUUAUUAUGACAAUGAUUGCUCGGGUGGCCGAUGGCCUCCCAUUGACUGCUUCCAUACAAGAAGAUGAAGAAAGUAAAAAAUGUCAAUUCAUUUGUGGUAGAACCGUUUUAGAAUAUCAAAAUCAAGCUAAAAUGUUAUUUAGAAAACUCACACCUGCAAGUCCUACUAGAUGUACAAUUCAAACUGGACCUUACUUAUUUCAUUACCUCAUAGAACAUGAUGUCUGCUAUUUAGUUCUUUGUGAAAAAAAUUAUUCUAAAAGACUAGCUUUUUCUUAUUUAGAAGAUUUAGCUCAAGAGUUCAGAUCACAAUAUGGUAGGCAUAUUCAUUCAGUGUCAAGGCCUUAUAGCUUCAUUGAAUUUGAUAUUUACAUUAGAAAAGCGAAAAAAUCAUAUAUGGAUUCGAGAACGAGAAGAAAUUUAAAUAAUUUAAAUACAGAAUUACAAGAUGUACAGAGAAUAAUGGUUCAAAAUAUUGAUGAUGUUUUGCAAAGAGGUGCAGUGCUUUCAGAAUUGGAUACAAAAGCCCAAAACUUGUCUAUGUUGUCACAGCAGUAUAAAAAAGAUGCUUCAAUUCUUAAUAGUAAGUCAAUGAUGGUAAAAGGUGCUGCAAUCGGAGCCGUUUUAUUCGUUUUUAUCAUGUACUUUUGGAUAUUAUGA